UUUCAUGUUUUUUUUGUCAACAAUUUGGCCGGUAUUUUUCGAUUUUUGACGUCGUUUAUCGCGAUACAGACUUCAAAUUCAAGUGCAUCUUUCUAUUGUCCUGUACAUUCACGUUGGGUGAACUAAAUUUGGCGAAAUGAAUAAACCGGCCUGCAAAUACGGAUCUGCAUGCUACCAAAAAAAUCCUAUCCACAAGGAAAAAUAUCAGCAUCCUCCAAUAACAGCAGUUGACGAUAUCGUAAAGCAGCAAGAGGACAAAAAGUCUCCCCUCAAAAAAGAUUCGCCAACUUCGUCAUCCAAGCGUCAAUCUGAUUCGCCGGAUUUAUCAGCAUCGCUAAUUGAAGACGUAAAAAAAUGUAAACGUCCACCUACGCCGGAGAAGGAUCACAACAAUGAAGAAGAAAGCGACAAAAAUCACGAAUACUACGGAAUAACUAGGCAACGGUACGCUCUGCCUGAGGUUCCAAUGGAUGUCGGCUUGAUGAGCGACAUACAUGAUCCGCAGAUUGAAUUUUCGAAAAAUGCGGAAUAUAAGGAACUGUGUGAGGAUCCAAAGCUAUUCAUAAAGCACAAGUUUCUAGUGGAUAUGCCCGACUGUUUCGAGUCGUUGUGGAAGUUCUGCGAAUCUAAGAGCAAGGAUAAGCCCAUUGAGAUAUUUGAAAAAUUUGGGCUUCUGUUGGUUGGUCCGUUCGACGUUAUGGCAAAGAAGUUUAAGGACGCCAAAAUACACGAACCGGGUGAUUAUUUAAGACACUGGCGAUUCUACUAUGAUCCACCAGAGUUUCAGACGGUGCUCGUUAAGAAAGGUUCCGGACUGCACUACGGAUAUUGGAGGGAUAGUCCGGAUGAUACGAGUGGGUUGGUGGCGGUCAAUGAUGUAAACAAAGGUUGCGAGUUUAAAUUUAUCGGCGAGAACGUAUUUGAUGCUGUGAUACACUUUCUUGAGCAUGAAGCCAAGGUGACACCUUUUAACAAAGCACAAAUUGCAGCGAUGAAAAGGUACUUGGAAGAAUGGGCAAAAGAGCACAACAUUAAGCUGAAGGGUGGCGAAAAACUGAAAUCUCGUGGCAGAGCAGUUGUCUGCAAAACAUUCCACAAGGCCGGAAUUGUUGUACCGUUCGAUCGGAAGACGGAACUAGGCUACCGUGAACUGCUGGAAAGUGAUGCUAAUCUGAAAAAAAUUCUGUCAAAAUUUGAUGGAAUUGAUAAGGCAUCGGAUAAGGGUGGCUUCGACGCCGCAAUGGCGGUACUGCAACCUAUCGUUACCGGGGCCUUCAUUGCUGUCGAUGAGUGCGAUUUCGGUACGGCUUUGGAACUAGCAAUUGAUUUGUUCUGCCAUGGAGCCACGAAUUUGCAUGAUGUGAUGAAGCCACUUUUCGUGACGGCCUAUUCGAUGUUAAAAAGACCGCAGUAUAUUGCCAUCAUGAAGUCGCAUCUGGAGGAUCGUCGCAAAGGAAUUGAUUUGAAUCUAUUAACUAAAUAAGUAGCCAGCAUGAUAAAAAAAUUCUUUGUCGGUGAAUGAUACAUUAGCUUAAAGUUAAUUACAGAAAAUCCAAUUCAAUAUUUAUUUCACAGUUGGAAAUACAAAACAAGUAUUAUUGCAAAGUUUUAGUUGUGCAAGUUGAAUAUAU